AUGUUGCCGAAGAGUGCCCUACAACACUCACUAACACAUUUAAACAAACAUCUGAACCCACAUCUGAACCCACAUCAGCCUGAAACCCACAUCCUAUUGAAAUAUGAAAAAAUUGAGACAGACAAAGACUUUACCAGCCAAACUCGCUUAUACGGACUAAAAACAGCAAAUAGACAGACAGGUUGUGACAAGACAGUGCUUUUUUUUAAACAAGACAAAGACAUUGAGAGCUCGAGACGUGACCGGGACGAGAUCUUCCAAAAAUGUCUUGAAACAUCCGAGGACAAGACAAGAAAUUUGAAACGAAAUUAG